CUCUUUUAACUUCAUUUUCUUACUCUACUAUAAUAUAACAUGAAUUCUCUUCGUAUUGCUUCCCGUUCUUUGCCUCUUCGAGGUAUUCGUACAUUCCAUACCAAUUUGCCUCGUUUCACUGGUAAAACCAUCGAAGUUGACUCUGAUAGUUUCAAGUCCUCUGUUUUAGAAGCAAAUCAUCCUGUUCUUGUUGACUUUUACGCAGAUUGGUGCGCUCCUUGUAAAAUGUUGGGUCCUAUUUUGACAAAAGCUGUUGCUGACAAUGGCAAAGUUUCCUUAAUGAAGAUUGAUACUGAUAAAUACACUGACAUUGCUCAAAAAUACAAGAUUGCUGCCUUACCUACUGUACUUGCUUUCCAUAAUGGUGAAGUGGUAGAUCAAUUUGUGGGUAUGCGUAACAAGUCUCAAGUCGCUACUUUUGUGGAAUCCCAUGCUGAUCGUGCGUCUUAGAUAGAAAGAUAUUAAUUAGGAUAGAUUAUCUUUAUUAUUAAAAAAAAAUAUAAAACACAAUACUAUUAUUAUGUGUAUAUGAUAAAAAUCGUUUAUUCAAAAUUAUGUGUAUAUAGAUGUGUGUGAUGAACUAAAAUAAUAAUAAUAAUAAAAAAUAUUAAAAAAAAAAAAAGAA